AUGGCAGCUCCCGGAACCAAGACAAUCCGCAACUUGAACGGUACUUGGAUUGUGCAAGGUCUGAGCUGGAUCACUCGCAAGGUCCUCACCAGUGGCGGAAUCAGCCUUUCCAUCACGCAGAACUCCUUGACAUCCGAGGAUUCCGGCGACGACCCAAUCUUCAGUAUCCAUCAGGAACAGACAGUAACCCCCGGCAACUUCAAGAGUGAGGAUAACUAUGUUCUCGACGGCGUGGAUCGCGACCAAAAGACGCAGGCUUUUGGAGCUCUGGUCACAAACGUCAAAUUCGUUUCGAUUGACAAGGUUCAAUGCGGCGACCUUGGCCGGCGGCUUCGGGAGUCUGGGGUGACUGAGGUUAUUGAGGAGUUUAGCACCAGCAAGAAGGGCGCUUGGUCGACGUUGACCACCUGGGCUUUGGAGGAUGUUGAUUCUCAGAGACGCCUGACUCAGUCUAGCACUACUGAGAAGAACGGGAAGAGUGUUACGGCUCGUUUGGUUUAUGAUUUUGCGAACUAG